UCCCAGCCCUAGUAGCGAUUAAAUACAAAAAAAAUUAAAUUCACAAAUUUUGGCAAAAUAAACUGCAUUUAACGCCACAAAUGGACACCGAGGAAGUGAAACGCGGUCGUGGACGUGGCCGUGGUACUCGUGCGCGUGGCAGGGGUCGCGGGCGUGGACGUGGUCGCGGCAAAAAGAUCGACGACGCCAGCGUAAUUGAAGCCGUGGCGUCUGCCGUCCUGGAAGGCAGUCCCGCCAGCACGGACCAUGUGGAAGAUGCCAUAAUGCAGGACUUGGACAAGGACAACGAAAUGGAGGUGACCACAGUGCUGGAGGAGCAACAGGCCACAACAAGUGCGGAUAUGACACCGACGGCGACGCAGCAGCAGGUGGCACUGCCGGUAAUUCCCAAAACGAUUGACAUGGAAGCGGACAUAUCACAGCUGGAGGCACCCACCUUUACCACAUUGUCGCGCGGGCCACCGGAGCCUAUGCUGCGCCUGAAAUGGAACCACAAAGUCAGCCUCAUCGGCGAGAAGGUACUGAAUCCCAUGAUCCACUGCUGUGAUCAGUGCGACAAGCCCAUACUCGUCUACGGCCGUAUGAUACCGUGCAAGCACGUCUUCUGCCUAAAGUGCGCCCGCGCCGAACCAAUCAAGAGCUGCCCGCGAUGCAGCGACAAGGUGCUGCGGGUGGAGCAGAGCGGCCUGGGCACCGUCUUCAUGUGCACCCAUGGCGGCAGUCGGUACGGCAGCACGGGCUGUCGACGCACCUAUCUGUCACAGCGCGACCUGCAGGCGCACAUCAAUCACAGACAUGUGGCACCCCAGUUGCCGCCACCGCCAACGGCCCUUGGUGGAGCAGCGGGCGGCGGCGUUGGCGUUGUUGUUGACCCAAAGCUGGCGGACCUGAGCGGCCUGCACAAGCAGCGCAAGCUCUCCGAGUCACCUGCCUCGUCCUCCUCCUCCUCCGUUGCUCGCUCCUUGUCUCGCCUCCCCACCAUGUCUGUCGGCGGCAUUGGAACCAUACCACCGCCUGGCUCCGCCGCUGCCGUCGCGGCCGCUCAAAACUCCGUCCACGCGCACUCAACGCUCACGCUGGCGAACCUGGCGAGAAUCAACAAUGCCAAUGCCCUGGACUGCCACCAGGGCAAGGCCUCACUGCACCAGUCUCUGAAAAAGGGCCCGCCCCAUCAGUCAGAGUCCGUGGCCGAUGCAUCCUACUACAGCAGCAUUUUGGCUUCCUUUGGCAGUGCUGGACCCCCGGGCGCUCCACCUAUCAAUACGGUCAGCGGCGGCGGUGUUUCAGCGCCUGGCCACAACUCUGUUCAAGCCACCUACGAGACUGCCAGUGCGGCGGGCAGCACAAGCGGCAAUUGGCAGCAAACGCAAUAUAGGAUAUGAUAGACGCCACCACCAAAAUACCACCCAAGAGGGACGGCACUUUAGGCAAGUUCGGUUUUAAGUUAAGAAAAUGAAUUAAAGCUAAGAUUGAA